AUGCCUAUACAAUUGUCAGAUUUACAGAAGAUUGGUCUUGGUUUGACAAUAUUUGGUGUUGGUUUCAUUUUUCUUGGUAUGAUAUUUUUAUUUGAUAAAGGUUUAUUAGCUGUUGGAAAUAUAUUAUUUCUUGGUGGUCUUUGUAUGAUUAUUGGUCUUGAACGAACAUUUCGUUUUUUCUUUCAAAGUUUUAAAAUUAAAGCUACUGCUUUAUUCUUUGGUGGAAUUGUACUUGUUCUAAUCGGUUGGCCAUUAACUGGUAUGAUUAUUGAAUUUUAUGGAUUUUUUCUUUUAUUCGGUGGCUUUAUUCCAAUUGCCAUUAACUUCCUUCAACGUUUACCAAUUAUAGGUUCAAUUUUAUUAUUACCUGGUCUUCGACAAAUUACAGAUAAAUUAUGUGAAAGUCGAUCAAUGGUAUAA